AUGUCCACCCAGAACCAAACCUUGCCCAUCGAGAACUCCAGCCUCGUACUGCCGACUCCGAGCCUCCAAGUCAUCGGCUACGACAUCGCCUCCCAUCCCCCCAACUGCACCGAGCCCGCGGGGCCCGGCCUAGUCCCGGAGUCACCGAAAGACGCUCUCAAGGUGGACAACGCCCCUGAGGAGCAGGUCAACGUCCCUGAGGUGCAGGGCAACACUCUCGAUGCAGAGGAUAUGACUCUCGAUGCAGAGGAUAUGACUCUCGAGGAGGAGAACAGUGCCCUUACAGCGGAUGUCAAGACACUUGAAGUGGAGGUUGCCGACCUCAAGUUCCAUAACAAGAAUUUAGUGGACUUGAACAACCACUUGAACAGAGAGCACGAGAGCCUCAAGUCCAAGCUCGAGUUCGCAGAGCUGGACAGGGGGUACUGGGAAGCUCGCGCUGGCUCGUACCAUCGCCUAAACAGCGUCCUCGAGAAGAACAGUCGCCACCUCGACGCCAUCGCCAAGACCUUGGACUCGGGCAAGACUGAGACCAUUCACCAGCUCAAGGCGCAGCUGGAGGCGGAGCACAAUCGCGGUAAAUACUUGAUGCAGAAGGUUAAUGAGCUCCACCACCUUCUGGAUAUCACUAGAGCCCCACACGACAAGCGAAAUCGCACGGUGAAUCUGGAAUAG